GCCUUCUCAAGUUUAUUCGCGAUCGUUAUUUUUUAAACGCAAUAAUAAUGUAUUACAUUCAAUUAUAUUUGGUCUUACUCUCUUUCACCUUCUGCGUCUGUUCAAGUGUCUACAACUACAAUGGAGGAAUUAAAUAUAUACAACAAAAUUCGCCACCAAUCUAUCCAUAUAAGGAACUGAAUACCCUAUAUGAAGCCAGAAAUUUAGAGUUCGGCUUUCCGAGCGAAGCCGAGCGGCAGGCGACAUUGCGUGAUGGGCGCUAUAACCCAGAUAGCGCGCUGCCCAUUGAUGUGGAUGUGUACUAUACGUCGCCAAAAGCCUUGCCGAUAAUUUUUAUGACGAUACCACGUUUUGGCAAAGGCAUACCAUACUCAUUGGCAUAUGUCACAGGUGUGCCCAGACCAAAUGGCACAGAGCUGCAGCCAUAUCCCAGCUACGAUUGGCACAGGUCACAUGGCAAGGAUUGCGAAGGACUCACUUCCGUGUGUCGUGUGCAUAUCGAUCCGUGCGGCCGCAUGUGGAUACUCGAUAGUGGCGAGAUUGAAAAUGAACAAUUCUGUUCGCCACAACUGGUUGUAAUUGAUGUGGCUACAAGCCGGCUACUGCAUCGUUAUCGCUUAUCUGAGGAUUUAUACAAAAGCACCGUUAGUCGUUUUGUUACACCGUUGGUGGAUAUUACAGAUCCACCGCCGCGAGGACGUUGCAGGGAAACCUUUGUUUAUAUGGCUGAUGCUACGGGUUUCGGUAUUGUCGUUUAUGAUGUGCAGAAGGGCGAGUCGUGGCGUAUUGAAAAUAAAUAUACUUAUCCGGAUCCCGACUUCAGUACACACAUCAUUGCUGGCGAGCGUUUCGAGUUGUUGGAGGGUGUAAUUGGUCUUGCUGUGACACCACUAGGUUUGGGUUUGCCACGCUCGCUCUACUUUCAUGCCUUCUCAAAUGAUGCCCAAGUGGCGAUCCCCUUGGAAAUCAUCAAUAACAGCUCUCUCUGGGAUGGCGGUUUCGGCUCGGCAAUAGAGCAUUUUAAUUUGCUCGGCAAGCGUGGCGUUCAGUGCGCGGCCUCGGCAAUGACUAUGAAUGGUGUGCUCUUGUGUGGUCACUAUGAGCCGAUCGGACUCUUUGGCUGGAAUAUACGUACGCCGUACACCUUUAACACGCGUUUCCUGUUGGCUGAGAAUCCCAUUAAGUUGCAGUUUAUUAGUGGCCUCAAGGUGAUCACCAGUCCCUGGGGUAAGGAAGAGGUGUGGCUGCUAUCGAAUCGUCUACAGAAGGCUUUUACUGGCAAUAUAAACUAUAAUGAGAUAAAUUUUCGUAUAAUGCGUUGUGGGGUUGAGGAGUUAUUGCAAGGGAGACCCUGCUAA